AUGCUGACUGAACUUAGACCUGUACCAAUAACAAACAGUACACAUAGCUGUUGCACUUUAUCGCAUAUUCGUCGUGGUGUUCAUCCUAUUGCCUUAGAAAAUGAUUUCCAUUCUGAUUAUGCUAAUAAUUUAGGUAAACAACGACAAAAACUUGAGACUUAUGUUUUUAACAAAUUAGAAAAAUACUCGGAGAAAAAAGUUACAAAUCUUUUACAUUCAACGUCUUUUUCUCAUAUACGUCAACGUUUAAAAAGCGAUAUUAAAUCAUUUUCUGGACAAUUCGAUCAAACUAUUGUAUCCCAAGAUAAACUUUUUCAAUGGAUCGAUGAAAUUCUUGAACAAAUUCAAUCGCAUAUAACACAAUUACGAUCAUUAUUUGAAUCACAAGAUGGUCUUGAAGAUUUGCUUAAAAACUAUAAUGUUUUUUCAUCGAACAAUGCUAAUAAUCAAUGGCAACAAUUACAAUUACAAAAAGCAAAAACAAUUUUACCCAAUAAUGUCUGUAACAAGGAUGAAGAAAUUUUAUUGGCAUAUCAAAAAUAUAUUAUGGAAAAAUUUACACCAAAAGAACUUGUAGAUAAUAAAAUUCCAUUGAAAAAUCAAGAAAAUAUUCAUUUAAAUGAAGAAUAUAAAAAAGCAGAAGAUUUUGGACGACAAUAUUUAACAAAAAUGUUAGAUGCUUAUAAAAUACGUCAACGUCCCAAGUUGAAGUUAGUUCAAGAAAUGAUUGAUCUUGGAAUGAAACAUAUGAUUAAAAGACCAACAAAAGAUGAAUUUCGACAAGCAUCAAUAUCAUCAAAUAUUCUUCACAAAGCAAAUUUUAUUCUCAAAAGUAAAAAAUCAUAUUCGAUGUCGCUUCAAAAUAUAGCUGAUGAUUUUAUGGUUAGUAUUUAUUAUCUUGUGAACUAA